AUCUUACUAGUUUAUUACAAACUAGAUUAUAAAAUUCGGUUCAAACUACCACCCGGUCCGAAACCCUUACCAAUUGUCGGUAAUAUAUACGAUAUUAAUCCGGUACGGUUUAGGUGCUUCCACGAGUGGGCCCAAACAUAUGGCCCAAUAAUCUCCUUCAAGUUUGGGCCUGAAUUAAACGUCGUCGUUUCAAAUGCUGAGCUUGCUAAGCAAGUGUUAAAAGACCAUGAUCAAAACUUGGCUGAUAGACAUAGAAAACCAUCAGCUAGAUUUACAAAAGAUGGCAAAGACCUAAUUUGGGCUGAUUAUGGGCCUCAUUAUGUUAAAGUUAGAAAAGUUAGUAAUUUGGCUUUGUUUACUCCCAAAAAGCUUGAGGCCCUAAGGCCCAUUAGAGAGGAUGAGGCUACUGCUAUGAUCGAAUCACUCUUCAAUGAUUGUACUAAUCCUGAAAACAAGGGGAAACCCUUGAACAUAAGGGGGUACGCAGGAAUAAUGUCAUUCAACAACAUCACAAGGUUAACCUUUGGAAAGAGGUUUAUAAACCCUAAAGGUGAAUUAGACCCCGUAGGUAAAGAAUUGAAGGGCGUACUAUCUAGUCGAAAGGCGAAAAUUAACAACGCAAGCAUCUUGACUGAGCACCUUCCAUGGCUCCAAUGGUUGUUAUCGGGUCUUGAUAAAAAAGAUAAAGAAGAGGCUGCAAUGAUCAAUGCUCGUUUAGACCAAUUUAUCAGAGAAAUUAUUGAAGAACAUGCUAAAGCCAAGUCCAUUAAUAUUGGUGGUGCAAAACAACACUUUGUUGAUGCCUUGCUCACUUUGAAAGAUGAAUAUGAUCUUUGUGAAGACACUAUGUUUGGUCUUCUUUGGGAUAUGAUUGUUGCUGGUGUGCAUACUGUUGCUAUUUCAAUUGAAUGGGCUUUAGCAGAGAUAAUACGAAAUCCAAGAGUACAAAAGAAAGCCCAAGAAGAGUUGGACCUAGUUAUUGGGUCUAAACGAAUCAUGACUGAAGAAGACUUUUCAAACCUACCUUACUUGAAAGCCAUAGUCAAGGAGUCUUUUAGGCUUCACCCCCCAACCCCUUUAAUGAUACCCCAUAAGGCUAGAGCCCAUGUCAAGAUUGGCGGGUACGAUAUCCCGAAGGGCUCCAUUGUUCACGUAAACGCUUGGGCCUUGGGUCGAGACCCUAGUGUUUGGGGUGACGUGAACCUGUUUCGACCAGAACGAUUUUUCGAAGAGGAUAUUGAUAUGAAGGGUCAUGAUUUUCGAUUACUACCUUUUGGGGCGGGUAGACGGAUAUGCCCCGGAGCACAAGUGGGAAUAAAUUUGGUUACAUCAACCUUGGGUCAUCUUUUGCACCAUUUUGAAUGGAAACCACCAAAUGGUGUUAAGGUUGAAGAAAUAGACAUUAGGGAGAGUCCAGGACUUGUUACUUACAUGAAAACUCCAUUACAAGCAGUUAUAGUUCCAAGGUUACUUGCAAGCUUGUACAAACGUGUACCGGUCGAUUUGUAAACAUUUUGGAUUUUUUUUUUCAAAGAAAAAAAGACACUUUGAUUUUUAUUUUUAAGUAGGUAUUAAUGAUUUAAUAAGAUC